AUGGCAUACCAAUCUUCUUCCGCUCGGCGACCAGCACUUCAUGGAAACAUUUCAAAUGGAUCUCCAGGUCGUCUGAUUGGCGAGGAAUGGAAGAAGUGGGCAGUUGUCAGAGCCUCCAUCCCUCGUCUACCGGAGGGCGUUAGUACGUGGGAUAUCCAUCGAAACCUCCACCGGUAUGGAAAGAUCGACUUCAUUCGAAUCAAUGAAAGUCGACAGGGCAAUUUCACAAGUGGAGCGUCAGUGACCUUUAAGCCACCGCCGCGUAGAGCUCCUUGGGAGUACAAAGGGGGCGUUGAGUUCAUCUUCAAAAAGAAAGAAGCCGAUCCCGUGACAAAAGUCGUCACAGAGAUCGAGCAAAAGCAUACAAUUAUUGUCCUAUUGGAAAGAUAUCAGACUCCAGAAGCACUAAUUGAAAGCCCUGUAAGGCCCGGGAUCAAGUAUCCCGCGGAGAUGACCCUCUUGGGCGAUUCCAUUGAUUUUGGAUAUUUGGUCAACGAAGACCGAAUGGCUGUCCUCGCAUCGAGAGAUGAUCGCACGCCUCACAAGCACUCCGUCCGCCUAAUCUUGAAUCUCAAGAGGAGGGAGUUGGCGCUUUAUUUUCCCACCACACUUGAGUCAAGAGGAAAGACUGCUUCCAGACUGUAUCGAUUUUUCGUUGCUCUGGAUGACCAAUUUUCAAUGUGUGACACCUUUGACGGCAAGGACACAUCUCUCAUCAUUCAUGUCAGGCAUCCGCCGUGGUAUUCUCGGCAACUCAAGGAAGCAAUGCAGUUGAGCCAUGACCCCCUGUCACGCAAAUGGGGCAUCGACGAUACCUGGGUUCGUCAGACCGACGUUGUGAAACAUAAAGACAUGUAUGCAAUCAUCAAUGAGACGCCAAUCUCUGUACGCAAGGAUGGGAAUUCGAUCGACAUUUCACGUUGGACGACGUUCCGUUUCAAUGUCAAGUCUGAACGGGCAGAUCAUGGAAGGCGACCUAAUCCACUGCAAGAAGUCCUUAAGGCACUAAAAGAUUUCAAUAUCCGCGUGACCGAAAAUCCCGCUUUCGGAGUUCAGAACAGUGCACAAACGGAAGCGUCAAUCUGGAACGUCCUGCAUACUCCCCUCACGAUACGCACACCAGGGUCCAUUUAUCUCGACUUCCAGGUGCGAUACCAGCUUGAAGUAUGCAUAUCAUCUGGAUGGCUGAACGAAUACCUCAUCGACAUGGCAUUUUUGAAACGUCUCUCAGAAAUGGAGCCUCGAAUUGCGAAGCGGAUGCUCGUCCACAUUGAUACUCUUCAACAUCGUGUCUACAACCCCAUGGACAUUUUUGAUGACAUUCGUUUCCAGAGGCCGGUCAAAGCUCGGCCAUUACCUGCUAAUUGCCAAGAGCUGCUUCAUGCAACAGUCACAGCAACAGGCUUAAUUCUCCAUACGCCUUCUAUCGAGCUAACAAAUCGCAUCAUCCGCAUGUAUCGACAAUGCUCGGAUCGCUUUUUACGUGUGCGGUUUGAAGAUGACUCCUACCGUGGCCAGACGAGGCUGUUCCCUGCCACAAACAACAAAAUGGUGCUAGUAUUCGAGAGAGUUCGGCGUGCAAUGAGGAAGGGCAUCGUAGUUGCGGGCCGUCACUACGAAUUCCUCGCCUGGGGCAAUUCGCAGCUUCGAGAGCACGGAGCCUACUUUUUCGCCUCAGACCCGGCAGACGACAUCACGGCCGAGACUAUUCGUGCUAGGAUGGGCACAUUUGACGGCGAAAAGAUUGUUGCAAAACGCGCGGCUAGAAUGGGCCAAUGUUUCUCUACCACUAAACCCGUUAAAACUAUAGGUGGUAAGAGGCAAUGGCACAAAGACCCAACCUCGGAUAUCAUAAACAAUAAUUAUACCUUUACCGAUGGUGUGGGCAGAAUUUCCUCCGCUGCUGCUGAAAUGAUUCAGCUCGAGCUCAAGAUCCCUGGUCCUUCACCUCCAUCCGCAUUUCAGUUUCGUCUGGGGGGCUGUAAGGGUGUCUUGGCUAUUGAUACAACGCUGAGUGAUGUGAACAUCCUAAUCAGACCGAGCCAGUUCAAGUUUGACAGCGACUCUGACGAACUUGAAAUCAUCAGAGUUUCCGAGUAUUGGCAGAGCUUUUUAAAUCGACAAUUGAUUCUCGUCCUGUCAGAUCUAGGUGUAGUAGACGAAGUCUUCUUGCACAUGCAAGAGGAUUGCAUUACAGCUCUGGAUCAAGCAUUGACGGAUGAUGAUGCCGCGCUGAGAUCACUGAGGGAGAACGUCGAUCCGAACCGGAUGACGACCAGUAUCGCCAAUCUUGUUGAGGCUGGACUCCGGACCGAACCAUUUGUGAUGUCUCUCCUUAAGCUCUACCGCGCUUGCACAUUGAAAUAUCUAAAGGAAAAGGCCAAGAUUCCCAUCUCAAAAGGUGCGUUUGUUUUAGGAGUUGCCGAUGAGACCCAGAGCCUUAGAGGAUAUAGCCAGGAGAGGUUAGCCAAGGCAUCCACGCGAGAGGAAAUGGUCAAGGCUCUGCCCCAGAUUUUCCUUCAAUAUACCGAUCAGUGCACGGGAAGGCUCUGUGUGGUCGAAGGGGUCUGCAUCGUUGCUCGCAACCCUUCCUUACACCGUGGUGAUAUUCGCGUGGUGAAGGCCAUCGGUGAAUGCGAAAAAUUGCAACAUCUGCGUGAUGUUCUGGUCAUGCCUACUGAUGGCGAUCGCGAUCUACCUAGCAUGUGCUCUGGUGGUGAUCUGGACGGGGACGACUACAUCGUCUCUUGGGAUCCAAAUCUUAUUCCACCAGAAUGGAACGCUGAGCCAUUUCACUAUCACGCACCAACUCCUGUAACAAAGGAUAACAUAAAGACCGAUGACAUCAUCAAUUUUUUCCAUGAUUAUCUACAGAAUGAUUACCUGGGUCGGAUCGCGCACGCCCAUCUUGCUGCGGCGGAUUUCCUGGAUCAAGGCAUCCAAAGUCAGCAAUGUCUUCAACUUGUCAAUCUCCACUCGAUGGCAGUGGAUUACCCGAAGACUGGUGUCCCUGCUCAAAUGCCUCGCGAUCUAGAACGUGACCAAUGGCCGCACUUCAUGGAGAAGAAAGGUCGACAUGAGUAUAGAUCUCCCAAAAUACUCGGGAAAUUAUAUGAUGCCGUUGAGAGGGUCAAUUUUGUUCCAAAGCUAACCGACGCGUUCGACCGCCGAAUCCUGUCCCAUAAACCAGUGCCAAGAAUUUUGGACGUUGUAAAGAACAUGAAGACAGAAUAUGAAGAAUCGAUGCUGCGAAUUAUGGCACAGCACGAAAUCUGCUCCGAGUUCGAGGUUUGGUCGACCUUCGUGCUUAACCACAGCAAGGCUGCCCGAGAUUUCAAGUUUCAUGAAGAAAUUGGCCGGCACGCCAGGACACUCAAGGAGACUUAUUACGAGAUCUUCUGUGAUGAAGCAGGUGGAAGAGAGUUCGCACACCUCGCGCCUUUCGCUGUCACCGCAUAUCACGUUACUUAUGAAGAAGUCAGGCAAGCCUUAUCAAAAGACGCAAGUAAAGACAGUAGCACGGGUUCAUCCUCUUCCUCUACGUGUCCAGAUGAUAUAGCGAGCUCCUCCGACUCUAUGUCUCAACCUUCUCCUGAAAAUUCGGAGUCGGCAAUGUCUGACACACCUAUGAUCAGUUUUCCCUGGGUUUUACAGGAUGUAUUGUGCAAAAUCGCUAUCCACACAUAUCUAGAAGAUGAUCUCGACCUUAUGAGUUCAGAGGAGCGCGAGCGACACGAUGCAAAAGUUCUAGAGAUGUUCGACAGCGGGGAGACGGUCGAUUGGUGGUCAUUUUUUACACUGCACGGUCUUGAUCCGAUACUAUCAAAGCAAAAGGAGGAAGCGCAAGAAUCGGUCAACUUUAACGCAAACGGCGUUCGUAAGCCUGACACAGCACCCUGUGGUAGCCGUCAAGAGCUAUGGAACGGACAUCUCACAGAAAACGGCCCAGAUAGCCAGGGCUCGAGCUCUACUUCAAUCGCCUCUUCAAGGGAUACUGGCAGGGGAAAGAGCACCAUUGAACAAGACUGCAAGAAAGACCACGCUACCAAUAGAUCGUCACUUGAGCUAGGCGCGACUACUCUACCAGAUGAAACAGCUCAAGUGCCCUUCCGAGAUCCAGCAUUGAUGACACCAGCAGAGAAGCUGAGGGCCCUCAACAUUGACGACGAGGACGAAGACUUCACAUUCUAG